CUAUAGACCGAAAGUGUGUUCAAAGUCUGUGCGAGAGGGAAAGGUAUAGAGCGAUAUUCGUCCUCUCUGCGCAUCCGUCAACAUCGUACCUGCACUGACCUGAUUGUACAUUGUACCUGAUUGUACUAGACAGGACCAGAUUGUACGCAAUUGUACGUACAAAUGUGCAUGUCAGAGUGAUAUCAGUAAUAUUUCGAUCUAAAUUUGCACAUUUGAACAAAAGUUUGUUAAUCCUAAACCUUGAAGGAGUGCUAAGAUAAAUACUUGUUUAUCAAAGAUGGCUUUUCACUUUCACUUCGGGCUGAACAUGUUUCCGGAGGUUCCACGUCCUUUCAACACUCAAUAUAAAUGCUUUCCUGUGUCGAUGUUACCGGGUACAUAUCGACAAGAUGUAGAACGGGGUGGAAAAAUAAUUAUGCCACCUUCAGCAUUGGAACAGCUUACAAGAUUGAAUAUUAAUUACCCAAUGUUGUUCAAAUUAACUAAUAAGAAGACCAAUAGAAUAACUCACUGCGGUGUUUUGGAAUUUGUUGCGGAUGAAGGAAAAGUUUAUUUACCUCUUUGGAUGAUGCACAACCUUUUAUUGGCAGAGGCAGAACUAAUAAAUGUUGAAAGUGUUUCUUUGCCAAUUGCAAAGUUUUCACGCUUUCAACCACAAUCUGAAGAUUUUCUAGAUAUUACAAAUCCUAAAGCUGUUUUAGAAAAUGGAUUGAGAAGUUUUGCUUGUCUUACAACGGGUGAUGUUAUAGCCAUAAAGUACAAUCAAAGAAUAUAUGAAAUGUGUGUUCUUGAAACAAAACCUGAACCAGCAGUUAGCAUUAUAGAGUGUGAUAUGAAUGUUGAAUUUGCUCCACCAGUGGGUUAUGUAGAACCGGAGAAAGCAAUUAAAAAAGAUGAAAAUGCAGUAGAUCUUGCAGAUUUAAUGCCAGCGCCAGCUGGCUUUGUACCAUUCAAAGGACAGGGUACCAGAUUGGAUGGCAAGAAACGUAAAGAUUCUGUUCAAUCCGAAAUGGCUGCUAAUAAACCAACAUAUAUUAGGGGAAUACCAGAUUAUGAUUAUAAAAUAGGAACUCUAACAUUUUUACGCAGCAUUAAACCUGUUAACAAUAAGGAGGUAAAGGACCAAGAUGAAUUUAAAGCUUUCACCGGUGAAGGUUUCUCUCUUAGAAAAUCUAGAACAUGAUUGAAUGAUUGUCAGUCUAUUUAUUUUCUUAUAAUUACAUAUAUUUGUAAAAGUGAGUAUUUGUAUUUCUUAUUAAAAUGUUGUACUUUUUAAUAUAAAAGUGUUAUGGGAGUUCCUAAACCAUUAAAAUACUUGGAAACAUUUUCUUAUAAAA